ACCCCUCCCAACCUUCCCCUUUUCCGCACAUAGAAUACUCCACCCUCUCUUUCCCAAUCUAUCCUCUCUCUCCUCCCCAUCCAUCGUUUCCUGGCUCCCAUGUACUCCCCUGCAGAUAUCACAAGCUUUUGCUGCUGCUGCACCUGCAGCUUCUUCUCCAUCUGCAGUGCAAACAGCUGCUAAAUUCCCAAUAAGCCUCUGGCAUCCUGCCCUCCUCUCUUUCUUUGAACCCCAGCACAACACGAGAACCCUUCACUCCCUACAGUGGCGUACUAGAUUACCAUUUGUGCGCAUAUAGUAAUAGUAGUCGUGUGUAUAGUUGUGAACUUGUGAUGCACAGUUGAGCUGUUGCUGCUCCAUGGAGGAUCUGUACAACAUCCACCCGGGGAUCUUGCGGGUCGGCGGCGCGGCGAGCGAGGCUUCCGUCGUCGGCGUCGGCAGGUCCUCGCCGGCGGAUCUGACGGAACUUAUGAAGUCGCAGAUCGCCAGCCACCCGCGCUACCCCUCCCUCCUCUCCGCCUACAUCGAGUGCCGCAAGGUGGGAGCGCCUCCGCAGAUGGCGUCGCUGCUGGAGGAGAUCAGCCGGGGGAGGUGCGCCGGCUCCGGCGCCGGCGCCGGGGAGAUCGGCGUCGAUCCCGAGCUCGACGAGUUCAUGGAGUCAUACUGCCGGUUGCUGGUGCGGUACAAGGAGGAGCUGUCGCAGCCGUUCGACGAGGCCGCGUCGUUCCUAAGCAGCAUCCAGGCGCAGCUUAGCAACCUCUGCAGCGGAGGCAGCUCGCCGGCGGCGACCGCCACGCACUCCGAUGACAUGAUGGGGUCCUCUGAGGAUGAGCAAUGCUCGGGGGACACUGAUGCUCAAGACAUAGGGCAAGAACACAGCUCUCGCUUAGCUGACCAUGAACUCAAGGAAAUGCUGCUUAAGAAGUACAGUGGAUGUCUCGGUCGUCUUCGGUCAGAGUUCCUGAAGAAGCGGAAGAAAGGGAAGCUACCAAAGGACGCACGGAUGGUUUUGCUCGAGUGGUGGAACACACACUACCGCUGGCCUUACCCUACGGAGGAAGACAAGGUGAGGCUUGCAGCGAUGACUGGUCUCGACCCAAAGCAGAUCAACAAUUGGUUCAUCAACCAGAGGAAGAGGCAUUGGAAGCCGUCGGAGGACAUGCGGUUCGCGCUCAUGGAGGGUGUUGCCGGUGGUUCCGGGACGACGCUCUACUUUGACACAGGCACAAUCGGACCAUGAAUCGCACUUCUUGGGCAGAAAAUUGGCCAGCUCAGGGAGCAGUAGGACCUGCCGUGUGAAGAUGAUCAAUCAGCCGGGGCCAAAAUUGACAAUAAAUCUGUUGGGCCAAAAUUGAACAGAUCUAUCAAUUGCCUCUUUAUUUUGCAAUAUCAUGUGUACAUGGCGUCUCCGUCCGUGCCGAAACAAAAUGUAUGUAUAAGCGGUUUAAGGAGACCUGCAAAAGUUUUUUAUCAGUAGUUUCGUGUACUGGCUCAUGGAUUGUACGUAAUCAGUGCCCUGGCUACCCAAUUUAAUUGUUAGAUAGGCCGAAUGGUUUAUAAAGGUAAUUUUACUUGUGCUAUUC